GUCUUCAUCUCCAUAUCCUUCAAUAUUUCAGCCAUCCCUCUUCACUUCCACCUCCUCUCUCAACCUCCGGCCACCAUGGCCUCAAAAAAAUGGCUCUUACUCGCGUUUUUUCUCUUCACAACUGUGUUAUCUGACACCACCGACAUCACCAACCUAAUCGCGUUCAAGAACUCACUCGGAAACCCGAAACCGCUGUCCAACUGGAACCCGGAUGUUGAACCGUGUAACCUGGAUAAAGAGAACUGGACCGGAAUUAUCUGCGGGAAAAACGGGAGUGUAUUAGGGUUACAGCUCGAGAACAUGGGGUUAACAGGGACAAUCGACAUGGACAUUUUGGCUGAAAUACCAAGCAUUCGAACCCUAAGUUUUGCGAACAACGGUUUUGGAGGAUCGAUGCCUGAUGUGAGGAAAAUUGGGCUGUUGAGGAGUAUUUAUUUAUCGAACAACAACUUUUCAGGGGUCAUUGGGAACGAUUUGUUUGCUGGAAUGAGUUCGAUGAGGAAGAUUGAAGUUCAGAGUAACAAAUUUAGUGGUCGGAUUCCUGAAUCGCUUACAGGGAUGAGCAUUCUUGUUGAUUUGCAGAUGCAAGAUAAUGAAUUUGAAGGUGAGAUACCAAAUUUUGAACAGAAAAGAUUGAAGGUGAAUUUUGCCAACAAUAGACUUAAUGGGCCAAUACCACGUGGGCUCAUGAACCAGAAUGCAACCUCGUUUGCAGGUAACAAUUUAUGUGGUGAACCACUUACCAACCCUUGUAAAAUCUCAAAGCACAAACACACUCUAAAAACCUUCAUCAUCACGAUUGUCGCCAUCAUCAUAGUUCUAGCCAUCAUCAUACUCUCUUUACUUAUUAUUCGAUCCAAAACAAAACCAAAAAACAAUUACAAAUACCAACAAACAACAAAACUCAACAACAAUCCGUACAAAUUCAACACAAAUGAAAUCCAAUUGCAUCACCACGAAGACGAAGAAGAAAAGAACCCUAAACGAACCAAAAAUGGAGAAAAACUUCAGUUUGUGAGGGGUGGUAGAGAGCGGUUUGACUUACAAGACCUUUUACGGGCCUCGGCUGAGGUUUUGGGAGGUGGGAGCUUUGGAUCGUCGUAUAAGGCGUCAUUGUUGGGUGGUCCGGCAGUGGUGGUGAAGAGGUUUAGGGAAAUGAACAAUGUGAGAAAAGAAGGGUUUUAUGAUCAUAUGAGGAGGCUUGGAAACCUUUCUCACCCUAAUUUGCUUCCCCUUGUGGCCUUUUAUUACAAGAAAGACGAAAAACUUUUGAUCACGGAUUUUGCGGAAAAUGGUAGCUUGGCUAGUCAUCUCCAUGGUAAACGAAAGCCAAAUGAACCGGGGUUAGACUGGCCAACACGGUUAAACAUAAUCAAGGGUGUAGCUCAAGGGCUCGACUAUCUCUACGAGGAGCUUCCUAACCUAUCACUACCCCAUGGCCACCUAAAAUCAUCCAACGUGCUUCUCGACAAAACCUUCAAUCCCCUUCUAGCAGAUUACGGUCUAACCCCAGUAGUCAACAAGCACCAUGGUCAAGAGUUCAUGGUAGCCUACAAGUCGCCAGAGUUCACCCACCAUGACCGGACCACCACCAAGACAGACGUUUGGUGCCUCGGAAUCCUUAUUCUAGAGAUGUUGACGGGGAAGUUUCCGGCGAACUAUUUGAAACAAGGGAAAGGCGGGAGUUCGGAUUUGGAGACAUGGGUAAACUCGGUGGUUCGAGAAGAGUGGACGGGUGAAGUGUUUGAUAAAGAAAUGAAAGGGACGAAGAACUGUGAAGGGGAGAUGUUGAAGCUUUUAAAGAUUGGAAUGUGUUGUUGUGAAUGGAGUAUUGAAAAAAGGUGGGAUUUAAAGGUGGCUGUUGAGAAGAUUAGUGAGUUGAAGGAGAGAGGUAGUGAUGAAGAGUAUUCGUCUUAUACAAGUGAUGGAGAUGCUUAUUCUUCGAGAGCCAUGACAGAUGACGAUUUCUCGUUCUCGGCUAACCUUAAACCAACCUAAUUUGUUGAUGCUGACUUGCUUUUCUAUAUGAUAUCUUGUAAUUUAUAAAACAAAUUUGUUACAAUUUGUUUUAGUCACGGAUAUUGGGUUCUCUCGCACGAAGUUAGAGUGCAUAAAGGGUUGAAUGCUAGACAUAC